AUGCAGAAAUUCAAAAGCAGCUGCCUAUUCACAGCCAAUCCAUUUAAUAAAUAUUCCUCAUCAUUGGGAGGCUUAUUUUUACAGCAGCAUCAUCAUCAAAAGAAUAUCUUCCGAAUCACCUCCUCUAACAAUUUAAAUAAGAAUUAUAGUCAGAAUUUUAAUCGGUUUGUUGGAGAGAACAAGCCUUUGGAAAAAUCUCAUCAUGAUGGUGCAGGAAAAGAAUCAUCAAAUUUGGAGAAGAAAUUAAAUAAUGGAAAGAAUGUGCAUAUGAGAAGGGAAAAUCAUGCAAUGUUUAUGGAAAGGACAAGAGAAUUGAAUGAGAGGAGGGAUGAAAUUAUACCACUGCUGGCAAGUCCAUUGAAAACUGAGGAGACCAUUGAGAGAUUUAUGAGUAAUUCAAAGAGGAAUUUUACAUUUGUCAAUGAUCAGGCCAAGGUGAAUGUGUUAAAGGCCAAACUCUUGGAAAAGAAGGAUGAAUUGAUUGUUUUUGAGGGAACGUAUCAUAACAUGUUGGAAUUAUAUAAUGGAUUGAAGAGGAAAAUUUCAGAAUACUUGAAUGAGAGAAUUUCCAAUGAUUCGAGGCCUAAAUCAUUGAAGGAAAAGUAUUUGGAGAAUCACAUUUCUAAACUCGAAUUUACUGAAAUAAUGUCUAGAUUUGGAGUAUUGGGAAGAAUGGUGAAUGGCUCUUUGCAAGUUAAUGUGAAGAAAUUGCCAACUUUGGAUUUGUUGGAUAGACUUGGAAAUUUCACAAUAGAACAAUCUAGGAAAAUGAAACCAGAAGUGGUGAGGAGCGAAAUAUUCAUACCAAUUCAUACAUUGAUAUCUUCAAUCAAGUCGAUGGAUCAAUGGGAAAAGAAGGGAAUUGAAUUGGAAACUGUUGAAGAUGAGAAAGUUACAAUUUAUCCACAUUUUGGAGUUUACAUGCCAACAAGGAAGGAAUUAUUCACAUCAUUAAUCAAACAAUCAGUCAAUGAGCUUAUUAAUUCUAAAUUGACAAAUAGUAAGAAACCUAAAUUGGAAAUUUUGGAUUUGGGCGCUGGAUCUGGAGUGUUUUCAAUCUAUGUUUCCAAAUUAAUUUCAGAAAAUGUUUCAGAUUUGGAAAUUAAAUUUGUAGAUAUCAAUCCAUGGGCGUUGGAAUGUUCAAAAUUUAAUUUUGAAAAUAAUUUUAAAUCUUGCAAUAACAUUAGUGGAAAAUAUGUUCAAGUUGAUUUGACAAGUGACAAUAAUCUGAAUGAAUCGAAAGAUAGUAAUUCUAUUAAUUUAAUAUUGUGCAAUCCACCUUGGAUAUCCAUAGAGAAGAAAGAUUAUGAACACAUUCAGAAUGAAAGGAUGAAAUUCGGUUCAUUUAAAAAUACAAUUGAUUUAUCAAUAUUUGACACGGAUUAUGAAUUUCUGGACCAAUUUUUACAUCUCCUCCAGAAAUCACAAAACAAACAAACAUUUGGAAUGCUGUUAGUGAGUAAUGUUGGACAUUUGGUAGGAGUGGAACAAAUUUCAAUAUUGCAAGCUUUGGAAAAAAAGAUAAUAGGAACAAACAUCAAGAUUGAGAAGGUGGUUACUUUGAGGAGAGAACAGGGGUUGAAUCAAGAAUUGUCAGUGAAAAAGUAUUUGGUCAAUAAUCCACUUUCCUCCAAGAGGAAGAAAUCUCCUCAUCAAAAUUUAAUUCAAGAUACAAAGGCCAGUGAAGAAGUUUAUUGUGUAAAUCUCAGGAGAAUUGAUUAA